AUAUGCUGACGGAACAUGUGCCGGCGCUUGAGGUGAUUGGCAAGAGAGCGGUACAAUUCUGCCAGCUCUGUUUUGACAGCUUACCUGUUUCUUGCCGGCAGUCGGAUUUCUUAUCAAGUGGAUGAGUGUAGUUUUUAUUUUCUGAUAUUUUAAUUUCGAAUGUUGGAAUUCAUCAAGAUGAUCGACAAAACAGUGUAUAGCUUAUGUUGAUAGGCUACAAAGCAGGCUCGGAUAUGGACGAAAAUAUUGAUUUCGAAGUGAAAACCGAGAAACCUAACGAGGAAGCAGCAAAUAGGAAUGAUGUGUGUAGUUCCGAAGAAACUUUUCCAGACACAGAAGAGAUGGCUUCGAACUGUAGUGAAUAUAUUGCAGACGAAAUAGUUCAAGCAGAGCCAGCUAAAAUUGAGAUUAAGUUUGAAGCAGAACCAUCUUGCGUGAAUUGGAAGAUCACUGAUGAAAGCGGUUACGAAUUGACAACUGCAAACAAAACUGAAGUAUUUAGUAUAAAUAUAAAGGAAGGUAUCUCUGAUCGCUCUCUGAACGAGUGUGGGACCAGUGAUGUUGAGCGAAGGGAUUCCGAAGACACGCAAAACGGCGGCGGGCAUCGCUUCAGCUGUCCCUACUGCGAUAAACAUUUCAUUCAGCAGUUUAAUUUGGAGCGUCACAUGCUGACGCAUACCGAGGGAACGCCGUACCGAUGUGACAUUUGCGGUAAAGGCUAUCUGGAACUGGGUGCGUUCAAGCGGCAUCAGUUGGGACACUCCAAGCAACCGUACAGAUGUGAUGUAUGUGGAAGAACUUUUGCCAUUCAGUCUUUGCUCAAGACGCAUAUGCGGGGUCAUACCGGCGAGCGACCGUUCGUUUGCACUGUAUGUGGAAAAGGGUUUAAAAACAAACACAACAUGAAAGAUCACUUGAGAAUACAUACCGGAGGGCAUAGGUAUCAGUGCGAUUUUUGCGGCAAAGGAUGUAGUACUAAGCGUCAUUUGCUAAUUCACAUGAGAUCCCAUACCGGAGAGCGUCCAUAUGAGUGUGAGAUAUGUGGGAAACACUUCGUAACUGUCUGUUCACUGAGAAAUCACGGUAGUGUACAUAAGACGGAUCUUUUGUUCCAGUGCAACCGUUGUGAUAAACAAUUCGCUUUCGACCGUCAACUCAAGCGUCACAUGAAAACACAUAACGAAGAGCGCCCCCAUCAAUGCGGUUUUUGUAACAAAACGUUCAAGCUCAAUUACCAGUUCGUCCAGCACAUGCGUAAUCAUACGGGGGAGAAGCCAUAUAAAUGCAACUUGUGCAGUUCAUCCUUCAUUUCCGUUGGUUAUCUUAAUGUUCACUUUACAUGUCACCUGGAGCGAGAUAAAAGACCAUUUGAAUGCGAAAUAUGUGGGAAGAGGUUUACUCAAAAAACUAAGCUUAACAUUCAUAGUAAAACACAUUUAUACCAAUGUUGUGAUUGCAAUGUACGGUUUGCGACCAAGAGCGACCUCACAAAGCAUAAGAUUUCCGUUCACAAGAAAAAGUCCUACGAAUGUACAACCUGUCAGAGAACUUUCUUCACAAAUGGAAACCUACGAGCUCAUCUGCUAACUCACACUAAAGAGUGUCCAUUCAAAUGCACAAAAUGUGAACGAAGCUUCACUCGGGAAUGCAAUCUUAACCGACAUCUAGCAUAUAGACACGAGCAAAACAUAUCGACUGUGGAGAUUUCUUCCGGGAAAGAAAUCGAUGACGUUCCGCUAUAAAUAAAAUCGUCAUGAAUUGUGUCGGAGUAUUCUAAAUUAUAUUGUAAUAUCACUGCAUAAUUUCAUGUUAUAGCAAAAUAAUAUGUGGGAUUAUCUUGGAC